CAAACAUCAAACAUUAAUAACAAAGAUUGCCAAAGGAUGCUCUUUCACUCUCUAAACUCCAACAAAAAUGCCACAAAAAAACCACACAAACAUCCCCUAAAUCAUGCAAUCCCUGUCUUUCUUCUUCUAAAACAAACACAAAAAUGGCAUCAUUCCCAAUGCCACACCUCCCACCAUGCACUUCUCUCCCUCACACUACUACCGCCGCUAAUAUAUUCUUACCCUCCUCUCUCUUCCGCCGUCGCCGGACUCUCCACCCUCUCCGCUGCUCCGCCUCCGAAAAGCCACAAGACGACGCCGUGGAGCUGCCUCUCUUCCCUCUGCCUCUGGUCCUCUUCCCGGGCGCGAUCCUCCCUCUACAGAUCUUCGAGUUCCGCUACCGCAUCAUGAUGCACACGCUCCUCCACACCGACCUCCGCUUCGGCGUGGUCUACCACGACGCCGUUUCCGGCACCUCGGAAGUGGGCUGCGUGGGGGAGGUGGUGAAGCACGAGCGCCUCGUGGACGACCGCUUCUUUCUGGUGUGCAAAGGGCAGGAGAGGUUCCGCGUGAACGACGUGGUCCGCAGCAAACCCUACCUGGUGGGACGCGUGACGUGGCUGGAGGACCGUCCGUCGGAGAACGACGGCGGAGACGACGCGGAGGCGCUGGCUCAGGAGGUGGAGGAGUAUAUGAAGGACGUAAUACGGAUCUCGAACCGGUUGGGAGGGAAAGGUGAGAAGGAGAUGGGGGAUUUGAGACGGAACCUGUUUCCGACGCCGUUUUCGUUCUUCGUGGGAAGCACGUUCGAGGGUGCGCCCAGGGAGCAGCAGGCGCUGUUGGAACUGGAGGACACGGCGAAGAGGUUGAAGAGGGAGAAGGAGACCCUCAAGAACACGCUUAACUACCUUACUGCUGCUUCUGCUGUCAAAGAUGCUUUUCCUUCUUCUUGAUUCAUCACCAUCAUCAUCAUCAUCGAUACACUACACCUUAUAAAUUUUGAUGCUUCACGUUUCAUGCUUUAUAUUUGUUCAUAAUUACUGCUUAAUGAUACUAAAUAUAGUUUUUCAGCUCCUAAUAUAUGUCAUAGAUCAAUGUGCCAUUACUCAUAGCAUGUUUGCUUGGAAUAACUUGAAGUGUGCUAUUUGAACUUUUUGGAUCUGAAUUUGUAAAUAUUUACAAAACAGAAGAAAUAGUUCCAACGACUUUCUCGAUUUCAAUCUA